CGAGACUGUCACGGAACGAAUGCCUCGUGCGUGCUUGUGUUGAUAAACGCGAUUUACGGGAAGGAUAAUGGACGAUUCGCAAGCGUCUACGUCCGGCAGGUCCAGGCGUCAGAAGGUCGAUAAGACUGGUAGACUCUCGGCUCUGGAAAGACUGAAGGAGGCUCGGAGCGGUGGUAGCAAGCGCAAGUACGAGAUUGGAGAGUUAGAAAAUGUUUACGACGAAGUGGAUGAGAAAGAGUACAGUAACACUGUUCUAAAGCGCCAACGGGACGAUUGGAUAGUCGACGAUGGAGAAAGCGGUUAUAUUGAAGAUGGAAGGGAAGUUUUUGAUGAUGAUCUGGAUGAGGAGAGCAUCCAAGAAGUGAGAAAACAAAGGCCUAACAUGACUGGACCUAGAAAAAGAAGAAAGGAAGAUGAUAAGAAGAAAGGGGAUAUUCAAAGUAUGAUUAGGAAUAUGCCUUCUAAGAAAGAUGCUAAUGUAACUCAGAUCAAAGAUGAUGAUAUUUUGGGAGAAUUGCUUAGUGAGAUUUCUGCGAGUAAAAAGACAACAAAUAGUCCUAAACCAGGAGGCAGCAAGAACAAAUUUUGUCAUACGAUUCACUCUAACAUUACGCAAACAUAUCAGUCUUCAUCUACAAAUCUAAAACCGGUUGAUAAAGUGAUAUCUGAAAAGCCGCAGAAAAUCGUGUUGGAAUCCAAUAAUAUUACACAAAGUGAAAGCCAGAUAAUUGAAGAUGAAGAUGAUAGUGUAAUAUUUGAUGCACCGCAGAAGAACAUAAGUAAACCAGCAGAAUCAAAUAAUUGUUCAAAAAUUAAAGAGUCAAAGCCAGAAGACCAAAGCAUAAGAAAACCAGUAGAAUCCAAUAAUAUUGAGCAGAAUGCAAGUCAGAUUAUCGAGGAGGAGAAUAGCCCUACGGUGGAUCUUAGUGAAUGUGUCGGAGAUCUAUCUACUAUAGAUUUUGAUGAUGGAAGCAUGGACAUGGAUUUCUCAUCGUCGGCGAAAAACAUUAUAUCUCAGAAAAAUGGGAUAGAUGUACAAAAAGCUGCAUGUAAGACUUCUGUCAAAAGUAUGAAAAUCGGUAAUGCCGUUGAUCUGACGGAAGUAGCACCGCAACUGAUCAAAACAAAAGAUGCGGAAAAGGAGGAAGAGGUGUUUAGAUUCUAUUAUCUGGAUGCCUACGAAAACCCUUACAAGAAUCCUGGAACUGUGUAUCUCUUCGGCAAGACUUAUGUAUCAAGCCACGAUACGUACUGUUCGUGUUGCGUUAUGGUGAAUUCUAUACCAAGGAGAAUAUAUGUCUUGCCUAGAAAAUAUAUAAAAAACACCGAAUCGCAAUUAACCACUAUGGAGGACGUGUACAAAGAGUUCGAUGAGUAUGCCAACAAACUGCAUAUGACGGAGUUUAAGUUGAAAGAAGUGAAGAAGCAUUAUGCCUUUGAAAAGGAGGGUACACCGAAAACUUCAGACUACUUGGAAAUCAGAUAUAAUGCACGCUAUCCGGCAAUUGAUUCUAAUUACUCGGGUCUGGCGAUAGAACGUGUCUUUGGCACAACAGUGAAUGCAUUAGAGUUGUUGCUUAUAGAACGAAAAAUUAAAGGACCUUGCUGGUUAGACAUUAAGAAUAUAUCGCCUACUGCAGGACGAGUUGCGUGGUGUCCACAGAUAGUGGUUACUUCGGACAUGGACAAUAUAUCGCUGUGUUCCCAAGAAAAACCUAAGCCACCAAUGGUGAUAGCGACUCUAAACGUGAGGAUGUCUUUGAACGCAAAAUUGCAGAAUGAAGUAGUAAUGGUUGCUGUGUUAAUUAAUCAUAAGUACAAUGUCGAUAAGGAACCACCAAAGCCGCCUUAUGAUCGUCAAUUUUGCUUUGUCACACAUCCACGAGAUACUCCGUGGCCGCGGCAAAUUCGUGAUGCUUUCCUGAAAGUUCCGAAUACCGAAGUAAUAAAAUGCGAAACUGAAAGCGAGUUACUCGAAGAGUUGUUAACUUUAAUGCAGAAAGCGGAUCCCGAUUUGAUAAUAGGCUACGACUGCGCAUUUCAGUUUGAUGUUUUGAUGCAGAGAAUGUUUACAUUAAAAGUAUCCAAUUGGAACAGAAUGGGAAGAUUAAAAUCAACCACUCCUCCCCUACUUCGGGGGAAAAUAAUCCUUAAUCAAGCAUUCGUUGGUCGUCCAAUUUGUGAUAUACAAGUUUCGGCGAAGGAAUUGAACUUAAAAGUCAGAAGUUAUGAUCUGCAAUCACUCUGCAGUGCAGUAUUAAAGACGAAGGAACACGAAUGUAAAGAGAUCACGCCAGCGGAAACUCUAUUGUUCUUCAAUACAGCGGACAAAGUGCUAAAUCUAAUGCAUGUGACGUUAAAAGAAGCAAAAUACAUUAUGACUAUAGUGAUGGAUCUCAACGUUAUACCGCUCGCGCUUCAAAUCACUUGUUUAGCAGGUAAUAUUUUAUCAAGGACGCUAUUAGGCGGAAGAGCGGAGAGAAACGAAUAUCUGUUGUUACAUGCUUUUAAUUUGAAAGAUUACAUAACGCCGGAUAAGAAAAUUGAAAAGAAGGGGCGAGGCGAUGAUGGCCCGCGUAGGAAAGCUGCGGCGUAUGCUGGAGGCCUCGUACUUGAUCCGAAGAAAGGUUUCUACGACAAACUUGUACUGCUGAUGGACUUCAAUUCCUUGUAUCCGAGCAUUAUACAAGAGUACAAUUUGUGUUUCACCACCGUGCCCGGUGCGGCGUAUGCCGACGUUGAGCAAUUAAAUAUUCCCGAGUCAAAUCUGGAGCCAGGUGUGAUCCCGACGGAGAUUCACAAAUUAGUCAAAAGCAGACAGCAGAUCAAGCAACUCAUGAAAGCGCCGAAUCUAUCGCCGGAACAGAAAAUGGAUUACCAUAUCAGGCAAAUGGCGUUGAAGCUCACGGCCAAUUCCAUGUAUGGAUGUUUGGGGGCGACGCAUUGUCGAUUUUACGCUAAAGGUCUCGCCGCUCUGAUAACGGCCAAGGGUAGGGAGAUUCUGGAGGAUACGAAGCAUUUAGUUGAGAAACUGCAAUACGAAGUAAUUUAUGGCGACACCGAUUCUCUGAUGAUAAAUACCAACAUUUUGGAAUACGAUGACGUUUUCUCGAUCGGCAGAAAGAUUAUGCGCGAAGUCAACAACCGAUACAAGAAAGUUGAAUUAGAUAUCGACGGGGUAUUCCGAUAUCUGUUGCUUUUGCAAAAGAAGAAAUACGCUGCAGUUACAAUGUCGAAAUUACCAAAUGGUCAAAUACAAAUGGCGCAGGAACACAAGGGUCUGGAUAUUGUGAGGAGAGACUGGUGUCCGUUGGCCUGCGAUACUGGAAAAAAAAUUUUGGACAUACUUCUCUGCGAUCACUCGAGCGAAACGCGUUUGGAACAAGUUGUGCAAAUUCUGCAGAACGUUGCGAAAAGUGUAAAGGAGAGAACGGCACCACUGUCAUCAUUUGUUAUCACUAAACAACUGUCGAAAAAUCCUGAUGCGUAUCCAGAUAAAAAACAAUUGUCUCACGUUAUGGUGGCACUCAGACUAAAUAAAGCAGGUGGUCGGAUGUGGAAAGCCGGUGACACACUGCCAUACGUUAUAUGCGAGGAUGGAACCGAUGCAAGCGCGACGGAACGAGCGUAUCACAUUGACGAAGUGAAGAAUAAUGAGAAAUUAAAGGUGGACGUUAAUUACUAUCUACUAAGUCAAAUAUUCCCUGUAGUGUUGCGAAUCUGCGACCCAAUCGAGGGUAUCGACGACGUCUUCUUAGCCAACAAUUUAGGUUUACAAUAUGUUUACAAGCCGAAGACGAUAGCUUGCGAGGCAACUCUGAACUUACCGCUGGCUAUUAACGAUGACAGGUUCAAUAAUUGUCUUCCUUUGACAUUUAAAUGUAAAAACGAGCGAUGUAAUACCGAAAUAAUAAUUAAGGAUACUGUUACAGAAUUUCAUUCUGGUCGCCAAUUAACACUUAGCAUGUGUCCCAAUCAGGACUGUAAAUUACCACCCUGGAAGUACGCAAACGUGAUACAGAAUGUAAUUCAACUUGCCAUGAGAAAAGCAAUUAGCAAGUAUUAUAGUGGCUGGUUGGAAUGCGAAAAUCCACUUUGUUCCAACAGAACGAGACGAUUGCCGUUAGAUUUCACGAAAAAGUUUCCAGAUUGUUCAGUGUGCAAGGACGUUUCCAUGAGUCGAGUUUAUUCUGGAACAGAUCUGUACAAUCAAUUGUACUAUUACCAUAAAAUGUUCGACAUUACUCAACCAGCUUACAAACAUCUGUUAUCUCAAUGUCCACGGGAUAUGAUAGCCGCGUACAACACACUGAAAGAAGCAAUUGACAGACAAUUGAAGCGAAACAAAUUCUCAUGUGUAAAUAUCACAGGAAUAUUCAGCAACGCCGGUACCAAUCCCGCGGGAAUGUUUGUCAGUGCCGGUUCGCAAGAGGAUUUCGACGAACUGGGGGAUCUGUCCGACGACACGGAUAAAGAAGUUUAAUGAGAAACAUGCCAAUCAGCUA